AUGGGCUAUAGUGUGUCAAAUCUGUUGUCUUAUUUCUCUAUAAUUGCAUGGCUAUCAUCAAAUGGUACCGCUGAUGUUCCAUUUGAUGAAAACUACUAUGUUACAUGGGCAAAUAACCAUGCCUCAAUUCUUGACCAAGGAAGAGAAGUCCAACUCUCUCUGGACCAGUCUUCUGGGGCUGGAUUUGUUUCAAAGCAAAGCUAUAUUUCUGGGUUUUUUCAUAUGAUGGUGAAGUUACCGGAUAAGGAUUCUACCGGAGUCAUUACAACUUUCUAUUUGAAUUCAACAUCGGGGGCUCAUUCGGAGCUUGACAUUGAGUUCUUGGGUGGGAGAGGCAGGCCUUACGUAUUGCAAACAAAUGUGUUUGCAAAUGCAACAGGAAACAGAGAACAAAGGAUUCACCUUUGGUUUGAUCCCCUUUCUGAUUUUCAUGACUAUCAAAUUCUUUGGAACCAACAUCAAAUAGUGUUUUUUGUGGACAAUAUCCCAAUAAGAGUGUUCAAGAACAACAUAAAGAUUGGAGUCAGUUACCCAACAAACCCUAUGCAAAUUGUGGGUAGCAUAUGGCAAUCUGAUUGGGCAGCUGGUGGUGGAAACAAAAUCAAUUGGACUCAAGCACCCUUUGAAGCCCACUAUAGAGGGUUUGACAUUCAAGCUUGCAAUUCUCAACAAUGCAACAAUUCUUGGUGGAAUCAAGACAAGUAUUGGGAACUAAGUCCUGAUCAAUUAAAGGCAUACCAACAUGUUAGGGCCAAGUACUUGUAUUAUGACUACUGUUCAGACAAGCCAAGGUAUCCUAAUCCACCCCCAGAGUGCCCAAGUAACUCCUAGAAUAGUUUGGAGUUCAUUAAUAUUUGUCAUGAGUGACUUUUUUUUGUGGAAAAGAUGCUCUAUUCAUUACUAUUUGUUAGUUCAAUUUAAUGUUUGAUUAGUAGUUUCUUAAAUUCAUU